AUGUACUUCGCCAAGGCUCUUGUUCUUCUUCUCGCUCCGGUCGCUCUGGCCGCUGAGGCUGUCACCUUCUCUACCAGCACUACUACUCUCACCAGUACUGUGACCUUGGUUCCUUCUGGCUGGACCUCCAGCAGCUCGACUCCUACUCCUACUCCUACUCCCACCUCGACCUCAACCCCCUUGGUGAUCUCGACUCCGACUCCUACUCCCACCUACACUCCUACUCCUCAGCGCACCAGCACUCCCUACAUCCCCAGCUCUUCCAGCUUCUCUGUUAAGCUCAGCUCUACUCCUUUGAUUAAGGCCGCUACUACUGUCGCUCCCGCUUCUGAGGAGACUAGUGCCGCUUCCGAGCCUGCUGCCACCACCUCUGCUGCUGCGGCUGCUUCCUCCCCAGUUACCGGUGCCGCCUCUCGCCAGGUACCUGGUGCCAUCGCGGUCGGUGUUCUGGCUGCUGUUGGUCUCCUGAUGGUCUAA